CUUCUUCUUCUUCUUCUUCUUCUUCUUCUUCUCUCGUCAACCAUGACCAUUAUAGUGAGUGUCAUGCAAAAUCGAGACCAUAUUUGUGAUCGUAGUGAUCUCCUCUAUCAUUACCAACUUGAAUCACAUAUUGAAACACCGUAUUUCUCUUUGUCAAAAAUCACACCUCCGCUUUUUGAUCAAGAUUCCUAUCACCACGACUAUCACCAACGAAAACCGAGAUCAUAUUUGGACUUAACCAAACAACUUCUUUCGUUACCUAUGCUCAAAAUCGCCAACUGUUACAUUUUAAAAAAUGGGUUUCCACCAUUGUCGUGGCUGUUUUCUUGAAUUCCGGAUAACAUGUUCAUCGUCUUGAAAAACUGAUAUCGUUUUUGGAUUCCUCUUACGAAACCUUCGAGAAGCACUACUUGUUUGUCUAUUUCGGGGAAGUUGAUGUCGGACACUGUCGUUGCUGCAACACGUCGGUGAGAGAAAAAACCCUAUCUUGACUGUUUUGUUUCUAGCACAAAGCUCGAAGUUCCAAGAAAUUGUUUGCAAGAGAGAUGAGUUGCAAGUUUUCAAAUUACCUUAUUGAUACUGACAAGAUAAUGUUAGCAAAACAAACCGGUCUAUCUCGUAACCAGGUGUCUAAUUGGUUUAUAAAUGCAAGAGUGAGACUAUGGAAACCAAUGGUAGAAGAGAUACACAUGCUUGAAUCACAACAAACUCAAAAGGAACCACAAAGAGAUGAGAAUCCAUCUACCUCAACAGACAAAUUUCAGUUACGUUCAAAUAACAACAUUGCAGAGAAUCCAUGUAACUCCACAGACAAGUUUCAUAAUGUCGCAUAUAAACGGACUAGAAACGAACUUUCAAAUAUGUCGGUGUUGAAUCAACAAGUUGGUAGUAAUGGAGUGAGCAUGGGGAGUAACGUUGCAACGAGCAAUAAUGGUGUCUCUCUGACACUCGGUCUUCAUCAGAAUCAUGGUAUUGGGUUAUCAGAGCCGUUUAACAUGAGUGUCGCCCAAUGUUUUGGCCUUGCACUUCAACCUGAUAGCUACGUCAUGAGUACUUUUCAAUCACAAAAUAGACAAUUUGGUAGAGACCUUAUUGGAGGGCAAAUUUUGCAUGACUUUGUAGGGUGAAGUUAUAGAUAUGCUUGGACUUAAUUCAAUUAGGGUGAUACACUAUUUUCUAUGAUUGGUUUCAUCAAUCACUAGAAAUUAGGAAAAGAAGAGUUAUUGAAAUAUUGACAUGCAAAAGUCUUAUUGAAGAGACCUAGUUUGGGAUUAAGUGGUCUUGUACAUUCAUUUUUAUUUUAGUAGGGGGGAAAAAUAUUGUUAUAGUCAAAUUGAUCCAUUUCACCCUUCUGUGUUGUUGCACUACAAAAAAAAGUAUCUAGCGUGACACUCAGAUUUUGUGAUAUUUUUUUUAUCUGUCACUAAAGUUACUUUUAACUACAGUUAAAGUGUCACUAUUUCUAAAUAUUAUGUAAAAAAAAA